AUGUGAGUAAGUACCGCCAUCGCUCCACAACGUUGUUGUUAUGCCACCUCGGAAAGGAAAAGCGGGCAAGACGGACGGGUCUGCGCCAAAGCGGUCGAGAAGAAGGUCGAAGACUGGAAUUGAAAACCCAGAGCCAACCAACACGAGCCCGAGGCCCAGUGUCGAGCGCGAGUUUAUCCCUGCUGAUGCCUCUAGCACUCUGCAAACUAUAUUGAGCGCUGAAGUUGCGCCUCCUGAGGCGCCACAGCAAAAAAUAGAGACUUCCCAGGAUAGUGUACCGUUUGGCUCCCCUGCCAACGCUGUUGGGGAAGUCCCGGUCGCGGAGGCGAUUGGGAGUGGAUCGGCAGUGUCUAUGGAGCUUAAUCAUGCUUCGUCGACCCCAGAACCCAAAAUGACGAUGGAAGAACGACAAGCCAAGUUGGAAGCAUUGCGGUCGAAAAUACGUUUGACGGCACAAGCCAACCAUACCGACCGUAUCGAGGAACACAAUAGGCACCGCGUAUCCGCUCGCGAACAAGCCCGGCUGGAGCGAGAGCGCAAGUUGGCAGAGACACUUCGUGAAAAGGCUGAUGCAGAGGAGGCUGGCGAGGAUCUUGAGCGGAAGCGGAAUUGGGAGUAUAGUAUCGAGGAGAACGAUGAGUGGGAAAAGAGGUUAAAGAGGAAAGCAGGAAGGGCAGAUUUCCAAUUCCAUGACGCAAACGAUGCGGCACGAAAGAAAUACAAAAAGGACCUCGACCUACUUAAACCUGACCUCGCAGCCUAUAAUCGUCAAAAGGAAGCGGCACUCGGCCUUGUCCCUGGUGCACUCUCCAAACUCUCAAAAGAAGAACAAACCAAAACUCUGAUAAAGGCUGCUUCUUCGACCUCAUCGACGUCCAUAACACCCAUUUCUGCUACUCUCGCCGCCGAGGAUUUGUACCGUGACGCAAAUACACUGCAAUACGGUGAUAACAAGCCAAGCGAAGAAGCUAUAGACAGGGUUGUGGCUAAACUGAACCUUGACCUUGACAAACGUGGCAAGUUCUCGAGGAAGCGGCUCAAUGACGAUGAGGGUGAUAUCACCUAUAUUAAUGAACAUAAUAAGGUCUUCAACAAGAAGAUCGCUCGUUAUUACGACAAAUAUACGAAAGAAAUUAGAGACAGCUUUGAGCGAGGGACUGCUUUGUAGAGUUACUGGUUUAUUCGGCCUCUCUUCUCUCCUUUGUUAUCUGUAUCUUAUCCGGGUACGAUUGUACUAAUCUCCGAAGGAUUUACUUGCCUCCAUACUAUGAGCUAAUAUUUCUUCACUC